UUUUUUACAUUGUGAUGAUAGAUUUAUUGAUCAUGCAUACUUUUCCAUAUUCGAGGACGAGUACUUCCGUAGAAAAAUGUGCUAUCAGCCAAGCAUAUCAAUAUCUAUCACUAACUCUUGUUGUAACAAGUAAAAGAUACGAUUACCCCGAAAUAAUCAAUACCUCUGGAGUUUUUUCUGCGUCUUUAUUUAGUUAAGGUAUCUAUCGUUGAACUCCCUUGUGAAUCAAUCAAGAUGUCCUCCAUUCCUGUUUCUCGAGGUCGGAACCAGGAUGCACCCCCAGACCAGGAAGCUCGUGGCCAAAGGAGUUACUAUCUUCCUCCCUGCGCGCGAGUUAAUCAACAUGAGACCCCCAGUUGGGGAAGGCUUAGGCUCGUUGUUGACAUGGUGAACAAGAAAAAAUGGAGGCCAGCCGAGACUUGGAGAGCCCGCGUGAACAUUAUUCCGGAAUGGAGGGUCUACUAUUUUACCUAUCAGCAUUUUGCAGACCUGCUGGUGGACUUGAACCGAGAUCCGUUGCACACCACGGAUCGCAUGUUGCAAGAACUGCAGAGCGCGAUCAUUCUUUUCAUGCAGUUCUAUAACUCGCAGGAACGGUCUCUACGCGAUUCAUUGAAGCGUUGGAGCGAGCGACAAAGUAGAGAAACCUCCGCUGUCGCCCCACUCCCUGUGCCAGAAGAUGCCGCAAAAACUGGGAAAAAGAACCGGGUAGUGGAAGCUGGAGGCUUAGGCUUAGAACAAGACACGCAAAUAAAGAUAAUCGUCACACCUGUUGCGAACAAUCCUCUCACCGAAGGAGCGACACCUUCGAUGAACAUUCCCAUUCUGCCACUGCCAGAGACCAAGUUUAUCACGCCAGAAGAGUCAGAUCGCUCAGUCAGAAGACAAGUGGACAAAAUCGAAAAGCUCCUAAAAUUCGCGGCGCAAAAUAUUGAGACCGUUCGAAAAAUUGCACAGGAAUUCGAUCUUCUGGUACAGUUGAGAUUUCAUUUACGACUAACCUAAAGCUGGAUAUCGACAAUGAAUAGUAAUCGCAGAUAAAGAUUGAGAUACUUCUCGUGUGACGUGAUCAGGACGUCAUUUCCUGUUUUGAAAUUUGUGUGGUGUCACGAUGUUAGUUAGUAGCCCCCUCCUCCCUUGAAGUGCUUACCCGUGUUCUCAAUGUCUAUGGUCCUUCUCUCGGUGAUGUAGUGGAAGGAAGCGUUAUUUCAUGUUGUCCUCAUCUAUUAUCUCCCAGUAUCCUUUUUCCGUCUCCGUAGUGGUAUGUCUGUGGUAUCCCAAUUUGUUUCUUUUCUGGUCUUCUGUGAAACGCACUGAUGUCUUCCGAGCCCAGACUUCUGGAGCCAUGGCCCCUGCCUGUCGCAUGCCAGAAAUCUCUUAAUCUUAAUCUUAAUUUUGCCGGUUGAAUAAUCUCAAGAGAUAGUGGUCAUCGUGUCUUUCUUUGAAUUGGCUCUAAUGUUAUGGCUGUAUGAUUUUUGGGGUUCCACGAGAUGGCUCGCCACCUUGGUUAGGCAAACAGCUUAGCGACCUGUCUUUCCUCCCCUUCUGACCUUCUUGUCUCGUCAGGGAUAUUGAGUUAGUCAGAAGGGAUCGCCAUGGGCCUGACUGGGCAUUUGUUGUGGGAGUUGACCUCUGUGUCGGCUGCCAUUUUGUCUCUACGGUGACCACGAAGGGUCAUAUCAGGGGCACUCACAUGACUUUCUUUGAUGAAAAUAUAAAUACCUUAUCAGGUGCGCGAAAACAAGACGUUGCGCAAGGGUUUGGUGGAGGUGUUGGAAAAGAAGAAGCUGCUGCGUCAGGCGGAACAAGGAACUGCAGCUGCCCCUGCUCAAGGUGACACGGAGACUGAGGUUCCCAGCCUGGAACAUGAAUUGACAGAAUGUUUGGGAGGUACUCGUUUAGGCCACUCCUAUGUGCGGUUACACCCGCUCCUGCUGGUGCUUACCGAUGCCUUGGGCGCCGGAAGGAAGGCUGACGGGCCAGAAACAGGCAAGAGUCGUUGGACGAUGGUGGGGCGAGCCUAUCUGGGCUCGCGCAGCUUUGGGGCUGAUAAACUUGCGAAAGCCAGUGAUGCUCCUGAUGCUUUAGAUGCCGAAGACUCGCAGACCGCUUACAAGAAGUUGAGUGCUGCUUUGCUGCAAAAACCCGGCGCCAGUCCCGAGGAUGUAGAAAAGCAAGCAGCGGUAGCUGAUACGUCUACGAAGGAUCGGCUCGCGGGCUUGCUCACAGGAGCGGAGAGGCUUGUGAAAAGGACGAGCAGCCGUGAUCCCCAGGCACCCGCUCUCGGAGACAGCCGAGUGCCUCCAACCGCGCCGCGGAUGAUGCUCAACCGCUCCCAGGGCGCCACGGCCGAGGGAUUCAAUUCUGCGGAGCAAGGCUCGGCGCCAGGCGUGAUUUCUCAUAGACAGCGCCAUAUUGUGGUGAACGCGAUGCACGGUUUGUUUCCCGGUCUUCAAGGUCCGGAGGCGCAGAAACGCGUGGACCGCGAGCUUGGUAUGGCACAAGUCAAUAUCAUUCGCGCCUUGGAUAAGCUGCGCCUUGUCGAACAGGCGCCGUCGUUGAGCAUUGCCACCUCCGGUGACAACGUUGAGCGUGAAGUCGCGAAGCUGUCAGGACAGGAAGAGAGCAUGAUCAUUGUCCAUCCCAGGGGCUCGUUCGACGCGGACGACGUGGGCGACUCUGAUGUCGACGAGAACGAGAUGGAAGAACGCGUUGGCGCCCUAAAAGCCCGCGAGAUAUCAGAGGAAAACUGGCGAGAAACCAUCUACGCCGAACUCUUUCACGGAACCAUGGCCUUCGCCAUCGUGAUGGGAGCGAUCCUGGGAGGCAUGUACCAAGAGCACUUCUUUCCGCUGUUUCAGCAGAACGCACACAAGGUACCGGAAUGGCAGCCCUACCUGGUCAUCUGGACCACCGCAAUCUGCCUCAAACUUCUGGUCGAAGGGAAAGAGAGCGAUGUGGUUUUGGUUUUUGCUACCUUGUUCUUGUGUCUCACCAACGUGCUCUCGCUCCAGGAAGCCUGGGCAGGCUUUUCAAAUGACGUGGUGCUGAGUGUCGCCGUACUGGGUGUCGUCGCACAAGGAGUUGAAAGAACUGGUGCAGUCGAGAAAAUCUUCCUCGCGCUUCUGGGUACUACUUUUAAUAUUUAUCUCUGUUUUUAUUUAGUAGAUGCUGUUCGACUCAUCUCAUGUAGGCUUCUCUGGUGUUCUCCUCUCCUCUCCUCUUCUAGCUCUAUCUCUCUGUUCUCUCUGGCACUGAUCAAUCUCACGCUUAUAUCACGUUAUUUAUUAGAUAAUGCUCAUCAUGCACCAGCACACUCAGUAUUAAGUAGUGAGUCGUGGUUUCAUCAUCAGGAUCAGUGUCCCAUUUGAUCUUUCAGUCUUAGGUUGCGAGUUUUCUAAGUAGAGAGGUUGUAGCACUAAGUGGAUGUGGAAGUUUUUCAACCCGUAUUUUUAAAAACAGGCAAGCCUCGCGGAUUCAAGAUGGCUACGUUGCGUUUGAUGGCGCCUGCAAUUGUGAUGAACGUGGGCAUGUCGAACACGGCGAAUAUGUCGAUUCUGAUGCCGAUCAUUGAGAAGUGGUCGAUGGACAUCGGUAUUUCCAAGAACAUGUUCCUGAUGCCUCUGAGUUUCUGUUUGUUGAUUUCCGGUACCGUGGCUAUCUUCGCGACGAGCUCCAACCUGAUCGCGCAAGGGCAAAUGGAAAAGUACGGCGAAGUUCCCUUCACGACGUUCGAGAUUGCUCCCGUGAGCAUUGGCGCGACCCUAGGCACAUUGCUUGUUGUCAUCUUUUUGAUGGAGCCGCUUUUUCCCGAUUUUCAGGCCGAGACGAAAACCGCACUGGAAAAUGGCGAGGAAGAAAAUGCCAAUGAAGACGUAGAGGGGGCUCACGACGGCGCGGCGGCGGCUAUGAUCGCUGAUGGUGAUCACGCUGGACAAGGGGAGAACGGCACAACUAAUGGAAACGGGUUUCAUCGCUCCUCAUCUCUAGAAAUCCAGGAAAGCGCGGUGAAGAAGCAGAAACACAAGGACACAAAACGCUAUCUAGUCUCUGUGCAAUUGAUGGGAGACGUCUAUGCCGACCAGAAGGUCCGGGAGGUCGACUUUCUCGAUCGAAAUAGCCUUGGCGCGGAGCUCAUUGCGGUGGAACGUUUCGGGCAAUCGAAAGAUCUGACCGAUCCUAAGUUUGUCUUCAAAAACUACGACGUGGUUAUUCUUUACACAAGCAGUUCGCAACUAGUCAAGUUGUACAAGAACCCAGGGACGAGUCUACUUACCAGAGAUAUUGGUACUCUAUUACUAUUUUGCAAGUGCAACAUGAUUUCAAUCUCUCUAUGUUUGACCUCUUGUCUAGUUAACGAUAAAAACGGAGUGAAGAUUGAUACCAUAGUACUACCCCACGCAGACGCAUUGAACAAAAUCGAUACAAAUUAUUUAAACAUAGAUUCCAUCUAACGGAAAGGUAUUGCGGGCCGCGUAUUUUCAUGAAUAUAUAUUAAUUAUCUAUAAGUAUAACAGUAAGUUCAUAAACGAAAACGAAAUGUUUUCGUCUCCAGGUGAUCCUCCGGUGGUGUAUCGGAUGAGUGACGCACAAGAAAUUUGCGAGGUAGUUUUGGACAGUUCUUGUCCCUUAGUGAACCAGCGCAUUUGCCCGUCUACGGAGGUUCGCAAACGUUACGGAGCUCGCGUGCUCGGUCUGCGACCCCUUGGGCUGACGCAGAGUUUGAAGGGCACCUUGAGUGUGAGUUUCGACGAGAAGAAGGUCCGAAAAACCGUGUUCGACUACACGCAGCAGGAAACUCGUGGCUUGCGCUACAAGCCAGGUGACACGUUGUUGCUGAUGGCGCGUGAAGGAUUUGCAGAACGCCACGAGCGAGACGGCGAUUUCUUUGGCGUGCGCGUGAUUGUCGACGAAGACGAGCAACAACAGAAGUUAGACGAGAAGACGGAGGCUGAGGCAGACGUCGAGGCCGCGGCCGCCCCUGAAAAACCCGCGGGGCCCUCAGUCGCCAAGCAAGUAGCGAGUAUAGCCAUUCUUCUCUGCAUGGUCUACUGCGUCUCCACGAAUACCCUGCCAUUGCUCACAGCAUGUAUGACAGCGAGUUUCGCUCUUACAUACACGGACUGCAUGACAAAGGACCAAGCAUUCAAAGCCAUCAAAAUCCGGACGGUAAAUCUUGUUCUUCUAGAUGACGAUGGUCACACUUAAAUACUCCUUUCGUUUCAUUUCUUUCCCUUAAUUUUUGUUUUUUAAAGUAGACCGGCCGCGGCCACCACGAAGUCUAGUUGUAGUUAGGACAUGCUUCCUCCGCGCAUCUGUAGCCUCGGUUCCAUCUUCACAAUAGAUAAUGACAAUGUGCUUGCGUCGCAACAAGAUUGAUAAUUCUACUUACAUCUAUCAACACAACACAAGAUGCUUUUCAUCUUCUACAACCACUACAAAACAGGUGCUAACCAUUGUCGGCGCCUUUGGUCUGGGAGAUGCUAUCGGCAAUACAAAGGUUGCGUAUCUUCUUGCGACUUAUGUCACAGAUGCCAUGGCCCCUUUCGGCACGCCAGGUCUGCUGGUGGGUAUUUACGUCGUUGUUCUGCUUCUCGGCAUCGUUUUCCAUGCGACUGCGGUGGUCAUCCUCAUGUUUCCAGUCUGUCUGGAGUCUGCGAAGUCCUUAGACGUUCCAGUGCACCAGGCAGUGUGCAUUCUGAUGAUCGGCGCAGGAUGUCAGAUGCUUUCGCCGGUAAGUUAUCAGACGAAUCUGAUGGCCUUCAGUGCUGGGUCGUACUCUUUCAACGAUUUUCCGAAGCUCGGCCUUCCGAUCGUCAUAUUAAUCGGGCUGAUCUGCGUACCCCUCACAAUGAUCUGCAUCGAGUAGUAGACCAAGUACUUACUAGGUACACUUCGACGUGCCUGCUGCAUUUAGCAUCUUAAAUAUUGAAAAAACUUUUACGCCUAUUUUUUCCCCACCUUUUCUAUGUAGUUCUGCUGCAUCAUCUGCCUACAUCUUAUAAAUCAAAUGUAAGAAAGAAUUGAUCUAGGAAGUUCAAAGUGGUAACAAGGUGCGUCCAUGCGUUGUUUCGCUGCAUGUUGAGAGCGAUUCGCAUUCGCUCUUGUGCAUGUUGAUACUAGCCCCCACAAGCUUCGCCCGGCUUCAAGUUUAGCACUUACUCGCCCACCGGCUACAGCUAGAGACAGCCCGCGGGCUAAGCAGUGCACUUCGAUAAGUCGACUACGACGAGACUGCCGAAGCCCACCGACUUAGAUAGUAGAUGCGUCGACCUAUUGGCAGGCUGAUAAGUGGGCCGCUUUCGGUUUUUUAUUGGACCGCCGGGGGGGUCGCGCAAAUUCUCAACAAUUUGCAAGACCUCCACGGCAGUCCAACAAAAAAAACCGGAAGAGAAUCGCUGGGCGUGCAUAAUUACCCGCAGGCAAGGCUCCAAAGCUCGUAGCCGGCAGGCGGUGGCAGGCUGGCAAGAGGGGCGACCUUGACGGGCCAAGAAACAGCAACGCAUGGAUGGCCGCGCUGCCGCUGGCUGAGUCUCGUUUCUCUAUGUGCAGCCGGCGGGGCUUCUUCUUUCGUCGGGUGGUGAUAUUCUGUCUGGGGCGCGUCUUGUUUUUCGUCGGGCCGAGGUCUUUCGCCACGCCGACGCCCUUCGCCGGCCGGGCUGGCGUGGCCUCUUUCGUCAGGCUGACUCCUCUCGUCAGGCUGACGCCUUUUGUCAGACUAACGUCUUUCCUUCGUCAGGCUGAUGCCUUUCGUCAGAGCAGAGGCGCUGCGCUUCCUUUCGUGAGGCCGGCGGCUGUUGUCAGAGGGGCUGGCGCCUUUCGCCAAACGUCUCCCGCCUCACCGUCUGAGGCCAUUCGUCGGGCCAAUUUCUUUGCUUCGUCUGUCAGAUCGAUAUCUGUCGCCAGGCUGAAGCGUUCGUCGGGCUCACGUCUUUCGUCGGAUUUAUUAACGCCUUUCGGUUUCGUCAGGCCGACGCCGUCCUCAGGCGUCUUACGUCUGGCGCCGGCCUGUCCGUCGUCUGAUGACGUCAUGCCUGUCCCCCGACGUUUUUCGUCCGGCGUCCUUUGUCGGACGUCUUUCGUCGGAUGUCUGUCGCCAGCAGUCGAUCUGUCGGCAGACGUCUGCUCUCUGACGUCUUUCGUCGAAUGUCUUUCGUGAAGCGUCAAAUGUCUUGCGCCUGAGGUCUUACUUUCUUCAGACGUCUCGUGUCCGACGUGUUUCGCUGGACGUCGGUCUCUAAUCAGACUUCUUGCGUCGGACGUCUCUCGUCAGACGUCUUACUUUCGUCCGGCGUCUUGCGUGAGACAUCUCUCUGGGGACAUUUUUCGCCCAACGUCUUUCGUCAGACGUGGUCUUUCGGGUGUGUUUUGUCCGACGUCUGUCGCCGGGUGGCUUUCGUCAGCCGCUUUUCGUCGGAGUUCUUCUGCCAACUUGCGCCCCUACCCGCGUCGGGCAUUUUUUUUGGCUUCUUUUCUGAUAGUCUGCCGAGGGGCUGUGGCGUAAGAUCCAACAGGAAAACGGUCGGCGACUAUGUGGAUUUGAGCUGAAGGGGAGGGGGCCCGAGGCUAUGGGCAAUAGCUUCGAGAAAGAGCCGAGCUGAUCUCCUGCGGGGCGGGGGGUGAGUUUUGUGGCGGUGAUCAGUGGGGGGGAUAGAUAAGAGUAAUGUAGAUUAGUAAGAUAGAUUGACUAAUAGUAUACUUUUUGCAAUGUUUAUUUUGGCACUAUUCACUUAUAGUAUUUUUCGUUAGAUAUUUUCUACAAGCCUCACCUCCACCACGACAUCCUCAUCGGACGGAGGCAGCUCGAUUCACUCUGGUGCCUCGCGAACGUCACACACCCAAAUUCUCUUUUGUCAAGCUCAAGUAUCUUAGACAGACCCAAUCGAUGCAGCUCGAGUGAGUAAGUUUCUACUUGAUCAAAGGCAAAAUGCUGGUUCUCUCAAUAAUUCUGAUAGUACUAGAGAUGCAGUCAUUUCAGAUUUAAGUCAGUUUUUGUUAAAGUUUAUCGAGGAAUCAGGAAUUAUGGGUAGUGCUACUUCUUCACAUUUAUCAUCAUGAGUUCUUUCUAGUCUUUCAUAGCAUGUUAUCCCUUCCGCGAGAUGAGUCCUGCUACUUGGAGUUGGAGCCGAACGGCCUCAGUGAUACUUGAAAUGAAAAUUAUGGUCAUCGUUCAUUAUUGUCGACUGCAUCAAAACGUACCUGAAGGAUUUUUUAGUUCGAGAUCAACAAAUGUAUGUGGGAACACAGAAUAAGAAUUACUGGAUGGAAAACGUCAAAUCACGAGAAAACGCGUAAGUUUUAAAGUAAGUUGGACAAGUUUGUCACAGUCACGCAAAAAAAUAUUGUUGUCUUUUUUUAUAGUAGGUAUUCUAACCGGUGUUAGUGUGAGUGUUGUAAAAAGUGAAUGAAAAACAGGUCAUAUGUUGAAACAAGUAUUAAUACUUUGCUCUUCUACAUUAAUAGGUAACCCAAGCAGAAAAUUGGACUUUACUUGUAAUACCAAAGCAAAUGUGCUUCGAUAUCGAUACUCAUGAGCAUACCAAUAC